CGCUUGAUGCCCGCUGCCGGAGCGAGGAGCCGAGACCUGGUAAUCGAGAGGCUAGCUAGGGUUUGGGGGCGGGUUUAGGCUGGGGGACCUGCGGUUGGUGGCGCGGAAGAGGGGUUGGGGUGGGGGGAUUUUGGAUGGUCUCGGCGGCGGCGGAGAGGCGUUGGAGUAGUGCGUGCUCGUGCUCCGUCUUCUUCUUCUUCUUCUCCCCAUGGGAAGGUCGUUCAGGGACUCGCUCAAGCUGCUCGAGGCCGACAUCCAGCACGCCAACUCGCUUGCUUCUGAAUUUCGAAGGGAAUAUGAUGGUGCCUGUCUUCAGAUGAGAAUGUCAUACUGUCCAGCUGCACACCUUUUCCUUUUUCUUGUGCAGUGGACUGACUGCAACCUUGCCGGUGCGCUUGGGCUGUUGAGGAUUCUCAUUUACAAGGUUUAUGCUGACGGAACAACUACCAUGUCCACUCAUGAAAGGAAAGCAAGCAUUAGGGAAUUCUAUGCUGUCAUAUAUCCUUCUCUUGGGCAAUUACAAGAAGGAAUCAAUGAAGUGGAGGACAAGAAACAAAAGGCAAUUUGUAUAGAGAGGUAUAGAAGACCGGACGAGGAUCACAAAAGGGUGAUCUCAGAGAUUGAUGAUAAUAUAGAGGAAGAAUGUGGCAUAUGUAUGGAGAUAAAUGGCAAAGUUGUCCUUCCGACUUGUAGCCAUGCUAUGUGCAUUAAAUGCUACCGUGACUGGAGAUCAAGAUCCCAGUCCUGUCCAUUCUGCCGCGAUAGCCUCAAGAGAGUAAACUCUGCCGACCUCUGGAUAUACACAGAUAACAGUGACAUAGUCGACAAAGCGACAGUUCGAAGAGAGAACCUGAGGCGUCUCUUCAUGUACAUUGAUAAGUUACCCACAGUAAUCCCUGAAUCUGUUUUCGAGGUAUAUGAUUCCCACGUAAAGUGACCUUGUGCUCGUAUUCAGCGCCGCGCCAGUUGUUUGUCGGCUAGAGCGCUGUAGACAUCUGUGGAGCCCCGGGUGCCCGGUGUGGGGAGCUGAUGGAAGCUCACCAUCAGCUCCCUAGCAGCUCUCUGGGGAGGCUCCGUAGGUAAGGUAUAUAUGUAAAUUGUCCUCGGGGUUGUAUCACUGUGAUGUUUUAGGGAAUUCUGAUGCCUUUGGUCUUGUAAGUAAUGAAUCAUUCACUCUUGUCUUGGGUAAUAUUAUCAUGGUAGCAUUUGCUUCUUC